AUGGCAGGAAAACAGAAAAGCAAAAGGUAAAUUGCUCACAGUGAAAUGUGGGUACUGAUAACGAACACAUUUGUUCUAUUACAUAACAAUAUAGCUAGCUUAUUUAUGUAUUGUACGUGUCAAGUGUUUUGUGUCGUUCUUUAUUUCCCUUGGAAUGUUGAAAGCAGAGUUGGUAGCUCACUUGUAAUAAUCAACGUUAGCCUUAGCUAAUAGUUAGCUAGCUUGCUUGGUUUGAAACAUAAUGGUUGGCUAACUCGCUAACCAAGUGAGUUGAGCGAGUGAUCAACAUGUAACGUCCUCCCCCGUUCAGUUUGUAAGUUUGUUUUGGCAUGACUUAUUGAAAUGUAACGUUAAACGGAUCAAACGAACUAACGUUAGCUAAUUUCGCCAACUAAACUAACUUUACACGCCAUCAUAGUCACUGGAGUGAGACUUGUAAAAUAUUUACAUUUACAUAAUUUAGCAGGCAAAGUGUAGCUUGUUUGAGUGUAGCUAAUUAACUGACCUUUGACUUUAAUUAAAUAUAUUUCUGUUUGCUAAAUUGGCUGUGUAUUGUUUCUAUGUUGCAGGAAGUUGGAGGACCUCAGUGUGGACGAGUUCCUGCUAUCUGGCUUUGACUCGGCAGGUGAGGCUGAUUCUGAGGAUGACACUCCCACCCGGCAUGGACAGAAAUCGAAGAAGAAAGCAGGGCAAUCAGCAGCUCAAGACAAGUAAGUGUUUCAGUCUCACUUCUUCAGUCAGUAUCUGCCCCAGAUACUUUAGUGUACCCGAAAAAUACAAAUGUCCUCCCAGGUCACCUGGUAGAAUGUUAUUUAAUACAUGAGUAUGUCCUGUCUUGCAGGGGUGAUGACAAAAAGAAAGGCAAGGCAUCUCAGCACAAAGACUCACUGUCAAGGUUAAAAAGUAAAGAUCCAGAGUUCUAUAAGUUCUUGCAGCAGAACGACCAGACCCUGCUCAACUUUGACGACACCGACAGCUCCGAGGAUGAGGAAGAGAGGAAGUACCACACGCUGCCCAAACAACUGGAGGUACUAGGGCUUUGACUUUGAAAAAUGUUUCAUGAUGUGAAAACGUAAUUCAGAUUAUGUAUAGACUGAAUAUAGGGUAAGUUGAUGCACAUUUGUUUCUGAUCUAAUAUGGUAGCCUAUGCUUGAUUUAAACCAGCAGCAUUAGAGAUUAACAUCUAAUUUUACACGUGUAAAUGUCAUAUUUGAGGGGAUGCUGAUUUUACACUCAACAUGUAUUUGUUUAUUUUCAUGAUUUGUAUUCCUUAGAAUGUUUUCUUUGUCUCUAUAAUGGUCUUUACAUUUUUCAGAAUAAUGUUAACUUCAAGGUUAUGUGUGACGCUAGGAGGCCAGUUCUGAUGAUGAGGAGGAACAAGGAGAGUCCACAAAGAAAUCCAAGAAGACAGCAGAGGUUAUCAAAGUAACAGAGAAAAUGGUUGAUGAGUGGCAAGCUGCAAUCAAGGUAACACUUACCUACAGACUAUCCACCUAGCAUAGACCUCCUCCAUUUUCCUCUACCAGACUUUAGGUGUAGUCAUUGUAAACAGACACAACCACACCGGGAUGCAGGUUGCAUAAUGGCCCUUUUAAAUAACCAACUUUUGACGCAUAUUUUCUCUCCGCAAAUAGAAUAGUGCUGGGUCCCAUCUUCCACCUCCCAAACCUCUGGGUUAACUACCGUCCCAUGAGUGUCAUGAUAAAAAACAAUGCCUACCGGGCAGCAUUAAUUUGGAAGGAAAACGUAUUAUUACAUGAAGUCAAGACGCUUUUGUGUCUACUGUACCACAAUGCCAGUGCUUUUGCCCUUCGUUCUUAUAUGCAUCUUUUCUUGCCUCCCAUCCCUUUGUCUUCAGGAUGAGCCUACACCUCGCCUCUUCAGAGAGGUCACACAGGCCUUCAAGGCUGCUGUGGCGACCACCAAAGGAGAGGGGGGAGAUCCAUGUCGAUACAAAGUGGCCGACAGUUCAGGUAGGGAUCAUACCCCCCAUGAGUGUGUAUGAUCCCCUCUUUAGUAGUGUCAACAUACUUUAGCCCCAAGGACGAUGACAUAAUUUGUGGUGUGUGUGUGUGUGUUCUCCAAUAGUGUUCAACGCGUUGGUCCUGUUCUGUAUCCGAGACGUGUACGUGGCUCUGCAGAGGAUGCUCAACCUAAAGCCAGAUAAAGACCAGAAGAAGUAAUAAAUGGACACCUUUCUUCUUUACAAAAGCUUUAACCAUUUCCCUAACACUUAGUUUUGAGUAGAACAAUAGCUAAACAGAUGAGCCAAUGUAUUUUAUUAUCUGUGUCAAGGUGAAUAUUUUUUCAGGUGUAUCCAUUUUGGUCUUCCCUCUGAUUUUCUCAUCUUCAGGCCAGUGCUUCCAUCGUGCAGUCCUAAAUGGCAGAAGAACCAGGUGGACAUCAGGAUGUAUCUCAGUGGGAUCGUUCAGGUCUGUUUGUUUCAUCCUCUGUCCCAUUUUCCCCUUGUUUCCCCCCUCUUGUCUGAAUUGUCACUGAUACCUUUCCUUUUUCUUGCAUACAGUAUUUGUAUUGGAUGUACCCUCGUGUUUUAAAAAUGUUUCUACCUUUUUACUCUUGUCGAUGAACAUUUUCAAUUGAUGUACCUCUACUUACAAUGGCAAAUAAAUUGAACUUUAACUCUCCUACUCCGUUCACAGCUCUUGUCCUGUCUCACCGAGGCCACCGUCAUCAGUGCAGUUCUGAGGCACGCCAACCAGCUGGUGCCCUACUACCUGUGUAACCCCAAACAGUGUCGCCACCUGCUCAAGGUGAGUUCCGGUUACCACAGCAGCACCUAUAUGUAGGCUGACCAAACUGCGUGAUGAUCAUCAGGGGAAUUAUGCAAAUAAUGUCUCUGUAAUGUAAAGCAGUUAUGAUUUAGUUCUAGGGAUGAUAACCCUGCAGAGAUAAACCACAUUAAUAUCAGUUGAGUUUAUAAAGGGUGUUGUGGAGCACUGGAGGAUCCCUCCCUAGGAAAUGACAUAUUACUGCUGUCAGAAGAAAACCUUGUAACUCCAUUUUGCCCCAGUAUUUAUUUUUAUUUUUAAAUGAAUUGAAAGUAGUAACUCUGAAGUUUCAUAAAUGGUCAAAUAUGGAUGUUUUUGUCAUUUCCUGAAAAGUUUUUAAAGAUGCAAGGCUUCUGACAGUGACACUAUGCUCUGGACUGGUAGCCUUGCUAUUGGGACCUGGGUCCAUUCCGAAGUUCGCUCUCACAGUCCACUUCUCUCACCUUUUUCUAGCAACUGAUCAAUCAGUGGAGCACCGGGGAGGAGACGAGCCGUGUGCUGGCUUUCCUGGCCCUCAACAAGAUCUGCCGACACAAGCAAGACACCUACCUCAACCCUAUUUUCAAGGUAUGUCCUCUACGUCUGUUUCUCGCUCUCUUCCAUGUGUGAAAUAUGCUUCAUUCAUUUGGCCCGCGGUAGUUAAUACCCUUUAGGAGUGAGUAAGUAAGGUUUAUGUCUCCACAUCUGCAUUAAAAAUGCUAAGCAAAUAUAGCUACAGUGAGGGAAAAAAGUAAUUGAUCCCCUGCUGAUUUUGUACGUUUGCCCACGGACAAAGAAAUGAUCAGUCUAUAUGUAGGUUUAUUUGAACAGUGAGAAACAGAAUAACAACAAAAAAAUCCAGAAAAACGCAUGUCAAAAAUGUUAUAAAUGGAUUUGCAUUUUAAUGAGGGAAAUAGGUAAAAAAAAGAUUUCUGGCUCCCAGGUGUCUUUUAUACAGGUAACGAGCUGAGAUUAGGAGCACACUCUUAAAGGGAGUGCUCCUAAUCUCAGUUUGUUACCUGUAUAAAAGACACCUGUCCACAGAAGCAAUCAAUCAAUCAGAUUCCAAACUCUCCACCAUGGUCAAGACCAAAGAGCUCUCCAAGGAUGUCAGGGACAAGAUUGUAGACCUACACAAGGCUGGAAUGGGCUACAAGACCAUAGCCAAGCAGCUUGGUGAGAAGGUGACAACAGUUGGUACGAUUAUUCGCAAAUGGAAGAAACACAAAAGAACUGUCAAUCUCCCUCGGCCUGGGGCUCCAUGCAAGUUCUCACCUCGUGGAGUUGCAAUGAUCAUGAGAACGGUGAGGAAUCAGCCCAGAACUACACAGGAGUAUCUUGUCAAUGAACUCAAGGCAGCUGGGACCAUAGUCACCAAGAAAACAAUUGGUAACACAGUACGCAGUGAAGGACUGAAAUCCUGCAGCGCCCGCAAGGUCCCCCUGCUCAAGAAAGCACAUAUACAGGGCCGUCUGAAGUUUGCCAAUGAACAUCUGAAUGAUUCAGAGGAGAACUGGGUGAAAGUGUUGUGGUCAGAUGAGACCAAAAUCGAGCUCUUUGGCAUCAACUCAACUCACAGUGUUUGGAGGAGGAGGAAUGACCCCAAGAACACCAUCCCCACCGUCAAACAUGGAGGUGGAAACAUUAUGCUUUGGGGGUGUUUUUCUGCUAAGGGGACAGGACAACUUCACCGCAUCAAAGGGACGAUGGACGGGGCCAUGUACCGUCAAAUCUUGGGUGAGAACCUCCUUCCCUCAGCCAGGGCAUUGAAAAUGGGUAGUGGAUGGGUAUUCCAGCAUGACAAUGACCCAAUGCACACACCCAAGGCAACAAAGGAGUGGCUCAAGAAGAAGCACAUUAAGGUCCUGGAGUGGCCUAGCCAGUCUCCAGACCUUAAUCCCAUAGAAAAUCUGUGGAGGGAGCUGAAGGUUUGAGUUGACAAACGUCAGCCUCGAAACCUUAAUGACUUGGAGAAGAUCUGCAAAGAGGAGUGGAACAAAAUCCCUCCUGAGAUGUGUGCAAACCUGGUGGCCAACUACAAGAAACGUCUGACCUCUGUGAUUGUCAACAAGGGUUUUGCCACCAAGUACUAAGUCAUGUUUUGCAGAGGGGUCAAAUUCUUAUUUCCCUCAUUAAAAUGCAAAUCAAUUUAUUACAUUUUUGACAUGCGCUUUUCUGGAUUUUGUUUUUGUUAUUCUGUCUCUCACUGGGAAACGUACAAAAUCAGCAGGGGAUCAAAUAUUUUUUUCCCUCACUGUACCUAGUUAGUGGCAAAAGUGUAUGCACAUAAACAUUCCUGAAAGGUGGCACACAGUGGGGGGAAAAAAGUAUUUAGUCAGCCACCAAUUGUGCAAGUUCUCCCACUUAAAAAGAUGAAAGGCCUGUAAUUUUCAUCAUAGGUACACGUCAACUAUGACAGACAAAUUGAGGAGAAAAAAUCCAGAAAAUCACAUUGUAGGAUUUUUAAUGAAUUUAUUUGCGUUUAAUAAUAUAUUAUUUAAUUUAAUAAUAUUUAAUAAUAUAUUAUGGUGGAAAAAUAAGUAUUUGGUCACCUACAAACAAGCAAGAUUUCUGGCUCUCACAGACCUGUAACUUCUUAUUUAAGAGGCUUCUCUGUCCUCCACUCGUUACCUGUAUUAAUGGCACCUGUUUGAACUUGUUAUCAGUAUAAAAGACACCUGUCCACAACCUCAAACAGUCACACUCCAAACUCCACUAUAGCCAAGACCAAAGAGCUGUCAAAGGACAACAGAAACAAAAUUGUAGACCUGCAACAGGCUGGGAAGACUGAAUCUGCAAUAGGUAAGCAGCUUGGUUUGAAGAAAUCAACUGUGGGAGCAAUUAUUAGGAAAUGGAAGACAUACAAGACCACUGAUAAUCUCCCUCGAUCUGGGGCUCCACGCAAGAUCUCACCCCGUGGGGUCAAAAUGAUCACAAGAACGGUGAGCAAAAAUCCCAGAACCACACGGGGGGACCUAGUGAAUGACCUGCAGAGAGCUGGGACCAAAGUAACAAAGUCUACCAUCAGUAACACACUACGCCGCCAGGGACUCAAAUCCUGCAGUGCCAGACGUGUCCCCCUGCUUAAGCCAGUACAUGUCCAGGCCCGUCUGAAGUUGGCUAGAGUGCAUUUGGAUGAUCCAGAAGAGAUUGGGAGAAUGUCAUAUGGUCAGAUGAAACCAAAAUAGAACUUUUUGGUAAAAACUCAACUCGUCGUGUUUGGAGGACAAAGAAUGCUGAGUUGCAUCCAAAGAACACCAUACCUACUGUGAAGCAUGGGGAUGGAAACAUCAUGCUUUGGGGCUGUUUUUCUGCAAAGGGACCAGGACGACUGAUCCGUGUAAAGGAAAGAAUGAAUUGGGCCAUGUAUCGUGAGAUUUUGAGUGAAAACCUCCUUCCAUCAGCAAGGGCAUUGAAGAUGAAACGUGGCUGGGUCUUUCAGCAUGACAAUGAUCACAAACACACCGCCCGGGCAACGGAGUGGCUUCGUAAGAAGCAUUUCAAGGUCCUGGAGUGGCCUAGCCAGUCUACAGAUCUCAACCCCAUAGGAAAUCUUUGGAGGGAGUUGAAAGUCCGUGUUGCCCAGCGACAGCCCCAAAACAUCACUGCUCUAGAGGAGAUCUGCAUGGAGGAAUGGGCCAAAAUACCAGCAACAGUGUGUGAAAACCUUGUGAAGACUUACAGAAAACGUUUGACCUGUGUCAUUGCCAACAAAGGGUAUAUAACAAAGUAUUGAGAAACUUUUGUUAUUGACCAAAUACUUAUUUUCCACCAUAAUUUGCAAAUAAAUUCAUAAAAAAUCCUACAAUGUGAUUUUCUGGAUUUUUUUCCCUCAUUUUAUCUGUCAUAGUUGACGUGUAUUUAUGAUGAAAAUUACAGGCCUCUCUCAUCUUUUUAAGUGGGAGAACUUGCACAAUUGGUGGCUGACUAAAUACUUUUCCCCCCCCACUGUAACAGUACAAAGUGGAAGGUAUAAAGUUGCCUGCACAAUGUUGGAACUCCCAAAAUGGACAUUUUAUUAUUUUAAACCAAACUCUUAACACCCUUUAACCUCUUGUUUUUCCCUCAGCAAAUGUACAUCUCGUACGUGCAGAACUGCAAGUUCACGUCGCCCACUGUUCUGCCUAUGAUCAACUUCAUGCAGCGGACGCUGACAGAGAUGUACUCGCUGGACACACAGGCCUCCUACCAGCACGGCUUCAUCUACAUCCGCCAGCUGGCUAUCCACCUGAGGAACGCCAUGACCAUGAAGAAGAAGGUAAGCAGUUCAGCACUCCUACUCUAAGAUGCUUUGUGAAUACGGGCCCUGGAUGUUGGAAAUAAGGAUACGUCAAUGAUGUCAUAGGACACCAGGAAGUACAGCUAAAGAUGAUAAUAGAAGUAAUGACAUUAUCUAUACGAUUGUUUUUAUAGUGGUCUGUGAUAUUCUAACAUUGGAGCUAAGGGUUCCAAUAUUGGUCUAGACCAUUGCUUGUCUCAGACUGUAUCCCAGUAAUAAUUUAGAAACCACCAACAAUGGCAUGUAUAUCAGUGCUGAUGGUAAAUGUGAUGUGUGUGAUCCCUGCAGGAGACGUACCAGUCGGUGUAUAACUGGCAGUUUGUUCACUGCCUGUACCUGUGGUGUCGUGUGCUCAGCACCCUGCACCCCAGCGAUGUCCUGCAGCCCCUCAUCUACCCACUGUGCCAGGUCAUAGUGGGCACCAUCAAGUGGGUACACACACAGACCUAUGUGCUUAACUUGGGAUCAUACUGUUACAUGGGCUAUGAUAUCGUAUCACACACACUACCAGGAUAUCACACAGAGAGCUAUGGGGAAGGAUAAUACUGGAUCUCUUUUCAAAAAGUAAUAUGAAUAUAAAGCUAAACCAUCUGUUUUCACCAACUAUUAGCAUUAGUAUACAGUUGUUGUAUAGAUCAACAAUAACAAGUGCUUUAGUAUGGAUACCCUCUCUUAGGGUAGAAUGUCUAGUUAGCAUGAUACGAGCAGCCUAUGGUCUCCGCAGAUUUUGUAUUGUUUUUCAGUCUGACUUUAAUUACGUUCACAUAAAACAUAAAAACGGACACAGAUUAAGCCUAGUCCUAGACUAAAAAGCAUGCUCAAUGGAGAAUCUCUAUUGAAAGCGAAAUAAUGUUUGGCCCAGUACUAGGCUUAAUCUGUGUCUGUGAAACUGCACCCAAAAGUUGAACUUCACACUUUCACCAGCAGGUGGUAGUGUUGACCACUGUUGUGAAUCUCCAUCUGUCUUGCUGUGCAGGCUGGUACCCACUUCACGCUACUACCCUUUGAGGAUCCACUGUGUGCGAGCCCUCACCCUCCUCUCUGGCAGCACCCACACCUUCGUGCCCGUUCUGCCCUUCCUACUGGAGGUAAGACCCCCUACCCCCUGCUCAUCUCUCCUCCCAGAGCAAUACCCUCCAGGGCCUGUAUUUACAAAGCGUCUCAGAGUAAGUGUUCUGAUCUACGAUCAGUUUGGCCUUUUUUACUUGUUUAUGAAUAAGAGUAUAUCGACAGCAGGACCUUAUCAUAGAUCAGCACUCCUACUAUAUGACUCUUUGUGGUCCUGCUGGAUUUAUCUCCAACCCUACUGUAGCUCAACUAGUUCAGGGCUCUCCAACCCUGUUCCUGGAGAGCUACCGUCCUGUAGGUUUUCACUCCAACCCUAAUCUAGCACACCUGAUUCUAAUAAUUAGCUGGUUGUUAAGCUGAAUCGGGUUAGUUACACCUGGGGUUGGAGUGAAAACCUACAGGAGGGUAGGUCUGGAAGAACAGGGUUGGAGAGGCCUGAAGUAGUUAAAUGCUAACCAGGACCGUGAUCAGCGGAAUCCGGUAUGUUAAUUUACAACAGGGUCGGUUCAAAACUCUGCAUGUAUUCCCAGUAGCUCACUAGGAGGAGGGUUGGCCACUUGUGUGGCCUAGAUCAGAAAGGAUUGAAUAGAUGUGAGCAAUACGGCGCGAGGACAGCAUUGGGCAACAAAACCAAUGGAGAAACAGUGUGGGAGUGUUGUAACAUUUUGUUAGGUAUCAGUGGAAAACAGUCCGUGUAGGUCUCAAUAGCUAACAACGAAAUAGGUUCUGAAAGAUGAGGGGGAGGAAGUAAAUCUGAGUGGUGUGUGUUUGUGACAUCAACCUUAUUCCCGCCCCCCACCCCCCAAAAAAACCCUGCGCUUGACUUUUCCUGCUAGCACUGACUUUGCUGAUAACUUCUUUAUUGAGGGGAAAUGGACUUACUACAACUGUGAUAUGUGGUCUGGAUAAGAGCGUCUGCUAAAUUACUAAAAUGUAAAUGUCAAAUGUUAGAAACCUUUGUUAUUAGUGCAGGUCACACACUGUCAACAUUUUCAGUUUGACUGUGUGUGUUGGUUUGGCAUGCGAGUAUGUGUGGUGUGCAUGCGUUUGUAAGGGUUUCCAUUAGCUGGCAAUUGAACGGUACGUUCAUGCUGCGAACAGCCCGUUACAUCUCAUCCCAAAGAUGCGCUAUUGGGUUGAGUUCUGGGGACUGCGCAGGCCACUCAAGUAAACUGAACUCGCUGUCAUGUUCCAGGCAAUGUUUUUCCACUCCUCAAUUGUCCAGUGUUGGUGAUCGCAUGCCCACUGGAGCUGCUUCUUCUUGUUUUUAUCGGAUAUUAGUGGAACCCGGUGUGGUUGUCUGCUGCAAUAGCCCAUCCGUGACAAGGACCGAUGUUCAGAGAUGCCGUUCUGCACACUGUUGUACUGGGCUGUUAUUUGCCUAUUUGUGGGCCUGCCUGUUUGCUUGCAUGAUUCUUGCCGUUCUCCUUUGACCUCACAUCAAUUAGCUGUUUUCGCCCACAGGACUGCCGCUGACGGGGUGUUUUUUGUUUGUUGCAACAUUCUCGGUAAACCCUAGACACUGUCGUUUCUGGAGGCCGUCCGUUUCUAAGAUACUGGAAACGGUGCACCUGGCACCGACGAUCAUACCACGCUCAGUCACUUGUUUUGCCCAUUCUAACGUUCAAACAGUAACUGAAUGCCUCUGCCUGAUUUAUAUAGCAAGCCACGGCCACUUGACUCACUGUCUGAAUGAGUGAACCAUUUUCGUGAACGGGGUGGUGCACCUAAUAAACUGGCCACUGAGUGUACUGUGAAGUGUAAUGGGAGGGUGUUGGGUGUCGUGACAAACAAUGGAUGCCAUUAGGGCUGGGAUUUGCCAGAGACCUCGCGAUAGGAUAUUAUCACUAUACUUAGGUGCCGAUACGAUAUGUGUGAUUUUUAUUGCAAUUCGACGUUCCAAACAUAUUGCUCACCAGAUGUCUGCUGCAGAGGGACAAGGGAGAGCCAUGAGAAAACAAGUUUUCAUUAGUCAUGGAAAUAAAGGUGCUGAAAACACAUUUACCCCUUAUUUGAAAAUAGAGAACAAGCUAUGAAGGAAAAUUAAUGGAGUUUUGGUGCAGGUACAGCCAACUAGUGCAAAAAUAAUAUUGUGAUAUUCUGAAAACGAUACGUCGUCAAAAAUAAUAUCCCGAUAUGUAACUAUAGAUUAAUUUUUGUCAAUUAUUUUCCCAUCACUAGAUGCUAUGCCCAAAUGUAAAGCAUGCCGUGCUAAGAACGUUCAACUCUGGUAAUGUUUCAGCCCUUUAGUGAAGCCUGUGAAAUCUGGUGCGUUAUAUUUGCUCUUUGCAAAGGGUAUUCCUCAAGCUCUGAUAUACAAAAAUUAACAUAGCAGGUUACAAAGUAGUGCUUCGUAGCUACGCUUUGAUGUAUGGGGUUGUCCAUUUGUCAGGGACUGGACCAAAUUCACGUUUCCCCACACCCAUCAAGCCAGCUAAGUAGCUGUGUGAGAGUACUUGACGCCGUUCACUGAGGGUUAGUGCUAUCCGGGAUCCUUGGGAAGACCCUACUCUAAACCUUAACUCCUAACCAUAACCCUUACCUAACCCAAACCUUAACCCAGAUACCAACGAUCGUUCACUGAGGCCACGCUUUGGGCGAGAGGCAGCGCUGUGCCAGCGGCAGAUUUUGUGAUUUAUGUUUUUCCUUUGGAGUGACAACUACCAGAAUUCAGUGGCUUCAGCCCUACAAUCGUUUAAAAUUUAGGACACAAUUUCAAUGUUUUGGUAUUUAUCUAUGUCGUUUUACAGCUGGCUAGGAGACAGCUCAGUCUUCAGAGCCAAGGCAAUUUUUUUGCCAGAAUCAGUGCAGUGUAUCCUCCUUUCACUAGAGUAACAGUUUUGCCAUAAAGAAAUAUUGUCUUUCUGGUGAUUCUACAUUUUAUGUGGCGCUUACAUUGUUUUUUUCUCAAAUAUAAGAAACCAGCUUUCUGAGUAUCUUUGUAAGCACAAUCCAUAAAGAAAAAGUAAAUGUUUAAUUCCAGCCAAAAUAAAAAAUAUAUCUGUAGAUGUAUCGGUUAUCAGUGAAUAUUUCCGCAAGGGGUUGGAACUGAAAUUAUUUUCCAAUCGUUUAGUUCUGAACAGAACCAUACUUUUUUUCGUUCCGUUCCACUGUUCCGACCAGCAAAAUAAAGUUUGGUAUCGGUUCGAAUCCAAACAAGUUACUGGUUUAUAUUGUUCCUGUCUUUUCCUUUUUAAACCUCUGAAAUCAUAUAUUUUUUUUACAUUUUUAGCUCUGCAUUAAAUUACUUAACCGAUCAUGCAGUGCGGAUAGAGCAGCUUAACUAGCAUCAAGAAAGUUUUCAGUUCUGUUCCCUGAACAGGUUCCAACCCCUGAUUUCCACUCUAGAAUCGGUUCCAAAAAUCCCAUAUAGUUUGGGCUCUAGUGUGUGUGUGUCAGUGGGUGUUAGCCUCCUGUGGUAAGUAGUGGUGGGGAGUCUACUCCAAAAUAAUAGAUUCCUCAACCAUUUCUGGGUGUCAAGCUUAGAUUCCGCUAGGAAUCGACUCCUUAGAUUCAGUAUUUUUGCAACGGAGGAAACGGUUUUGCAUAGUCUACCUCGAGAACACAAACUCUUGCAUCUUUCACAGCAAAGAAAGAGCUAGCGGGAGAGGGAGGGGCACCAGGCAGACCGUCAGAACCGUGCAUCAGUAAUGAAAAGAUCUAGGCUAUAGGCUAUCGCAAUGCUGUAUUUUGCAAUAGCUUGGCUUGCAAUGUCUAGCGCAAGUUCUUUAAAGUAGGUAUAAUCAAUGAGUAGGCUGAGCUAUUCUACACGCAACAGACACUAGUGUUUUUCGUAGCGAACAGAAAAAGGAGCAGGCGAGGGAGAGAGGAUUGGGGCAGGCAGAGAGACGGUCAGAACAGUGUGCAUAGGCUAUAUCUUGGUAAUCUGUAUCUAGCAAUGCCUCAUAAAUUCACCUUAAGUAUAUAUUAGGCUAUCACUGAGUAUAGCUAAACUAUUACGUCAUAGUGUCAGUGAAUUGGAGUUGAACAUUGCCAAAUGCAUCAGUUUAAUUAGGCCUAAAUGUGCAAUAAAAUAUAUUGCCUAUAGCUUAUUUAAUGAAAACAUACAGAAUGGUAGAUCUCCACGAACAGGGUUGGAGAGCCCUCUCCUAGGCAAUAGAAGCAGCAACCCUGCUAAACAUUUUGAAAAUGGCACGUUCACUUUAUCAUCCAUAAAUAGUGAAGUGCAAAUAGGGUUCAGCAGCUCUAAUCAGCAGGAUGUGGGGCAUUGUUAUUAGGAAGGACGUCUACCAUGGAUGGAGCGCUAAAAUAAUGAUUAUGAUCACACUUCAAUUUAAAUAUUAUGGGGAGACCGAUACAUUUGGCAGCCAAGCACGAAUUAUCAGUGUGUAGUAUAAAAAAAUAACAAUAAAAUAUGUAUGCACUAACUGUAAGUCGCUCUGGAUAAGAGCGUCUGCUAAAUGACUAAAAUGUAAAUGUAGCCUAUAGUCUAGACAUGAUGUUGAAAUAUCUUCACAACUACAAUAAACACCUCCUGGCUUCUGUCAUAAGAGUCAAAUCAAUUUGGAAAAAUUAAGAAUUACAGGGGGCCGUUUGGGGAAAAAACGAAUCCUAUGUGAAUUGUCCUCUGACAAAACCAACGUCUCUAGUAAUACUGGUCCGAAUAGGGCUAUAACAUGGUAAAUAAUAGGCUUAUCAGCGUACAGUGCACCGCAUAAUCCCGUGGUAUCCGUCAAGGCUGCAAACAGCAAAGAAAUCACUGAAAUAUUCUAGUUCCUACACAUCACCUUCUAUAGUCAAACAAAAUAAGCCUUUUAUAGCAAAUGGGCAGUAUCAUGCUCAUGUCAGUCCUAUAGAACGCAAAUGUAGUCUUCCUUGUAGGACUUUGCAAUAAUGAGGUGGUGUGUAUGUGUGUGCGCAUCCGUUUCAGCGUGUUUUGGGAGUCGAGCAAGAGUCAACUCCUUUCGACUCCAAUCACAGUAGUCGGAGUCGACUCAAAAAAUCCUGGACUCGUGAACCACUAGUGGUAAACUAGCAUGAGAACGGCAGUAUGGAGGUGACCGCUUGGCCUUGUGGGAGUGAUCACUGUGUUAUGUGUGGACGGUUUGACCAGAGCGAUAAAGACAGUGCUGUGGUUACGCUCUGCUCCUAACGCGCUCUGCAGACCACAUCCUUUCUGCCUAUGGCGCAGCCGUCCACCCCUUCACCCCAGCACACAGACGCACACACUCCAUUUCCUGUCUGUCUUCUCUUUUACUGUUCCCCUCGUUAAACGGAAAAGAGAGGCUGAGGUGCGCACUGUUUUAAUUGGAGCAGCAGAAGCAACCCCCAUGUGCUCCUCUGUGUUUGUGUGUGUGUGCUGGGGGUGGACUGCUGCGCCAUAGGCAGAGAGGAUGUGGUCUGCAGAGCGCGUUCGGAGUAAAGCGUAACCACAGCCUUGUCUUUAUCGCUCUGGUCAGACUGCACACACUCCAGACCAUCACGGUGACCACGCCCCACAAGGCCAAGCUGUUGCCCCCAUACUGCCGUUUUCAUGCUAGCUUACCACAGGAGGCCAGCACUCACUAAGACACGCACACACUCCAUAUACAAUAACACAGACCACACAUCAUACACACACAUGUCCAUGCACACCACACAUACUCGCGUGUGUGUGUGCGCAUGUAUCUCUCCAAGUGGGGGAUAGCGGGGGGGUGGUAUAUGAUUUGGAGCUUCCUGCUCCGGUGUCUUCCUCUGUAUCAGGGCUGAACCAUGUCUUCCCACUUCCCCCAGCAGACCGCCACCACAUCCAAUGUUUGUACAGACAUACCGGGCCAGGAGCGCUCCACUCGCCUAGUACCAACGUCCUCUCACACACACACACACACACAUAGCGAUACGCAAAGACACAAAAUAAUAUACAGGGAUAGGCCCAUCUAGCACACAAACACGCACAUUGAGAUGUACAAAAUAUAGGUAAAAACACAAAUAUACACUGGCACAUACUGUGCUGAUGCACAUGCACAUUAUUUUGCCGUUAAUGGUGUGCUUGUUUAAGCUCUACUUUGGCAAUAUCUUUACGUUGAACAUUUACUAGUGUCUAUUUACAUUGAACAUUUAUUAGUGUCUAUUGUCAGGAGUCUGAAUGAUUUUCCAUGAGACAAGCCAUGGAAUGAUUACCAAAUGAUGCUGAUGUCUGGCUCGUGUGAGGGCACUGUUGCUGUUCUGUUUUGACAUUGUGUAAUUUGUGUCAUGUCUUUGCAAAUGUUGCGUGAUUUCUGAACGCACUAAUUUUGUGUUCAUUGCUUGUUUAGAUCAUCCAUCAGGUGGACUUCAACAAGAAGCCUGGCCGGAUGAGUGUGAAGCCCAUCAAAUUUGAUGUUAUCCUGAAGCUCAGCAACACCAACCUGCAGGAGAAGGCCUAUAGGGUGAGUACUGCUAGCUUAGCAUGCUAACUAACUAGGCUUGUCUGCCUCAGGAGAAUACUUAGACUAGGGGAGUACUGCUAGCUUAGUUAGCAUGUAUUAUCUGUGGCAGGAGUAGGCUUAGUACUGGGUAAAUCCAUUUUGACAGCACCUCUUUUGAUUUGAACAAAACCUUACAUGCAUACAGUACCAGUCAAACGUUUGGACACCUACUCAUUCAAGGGUUUUUCUUUAUUUUUACUAGUUUUUACAUUGUAGAAUAAUAGUGAAGACAUCAAAACUAUGAAAUAACACAUAUGGAAUCAUGUAGUAACCAAAAAAGUGUUAAACAAAUCAAAAUAUAUUUUAUAUUUGAGAUUCUUCAAAUAGCCACCCUUUUCCUUUGACAGCUUUGCACACUCUUGGCAUUCUCUCAACCAGCUUCACCUGGAAUGCUUUUCCAACAGUCUUGAAGGAGUUCCCACAUAUGCUGAGCACUUGUUGGCUGCUUUUCCUUCACUCUGCUGUCCAACUCAUCCCAAACCAUCUCAAUUGGGUUGAGGUCGGGGGAUUGUGGAGGCCAGGUCAUCUGAUGCAGCACUCCAUCACUCUCCUUGGUCAAAUAGCCCUUACACAGCCUGGAGGUGUGUUGGGUCAUUGUCCUGUUGAAAAACAAACGAUAGUCCCACUAAGCCCAAACCAGAUGGGAUGGCGUAUCGCUGCAGAAUGCUGUGGUGGCCAUGCUAGUUAAGUGUGCCUUGAAUUCUAAAUAAAUCACUGACAGUGUCACCAGCAAAGCACCCCCACACCAUAACACCUCUUCCUCCAUGCUUUACGGUGGGAACUACACAUGCGGAGAUCAUCCGUACAAAGACACGGCGGUUGGAACCCAAAAUCUCCAAUUUGGACUCCAGACCAAAGGACACAUUUCCACCGGUCUAAUGUCCAUUGCUCGUGUUUCUUGGCCCAAGCAGGUCUCUUCUUAUUAUUGGUGUCCUUUAGUAGUGGUUUGUUUGCAGUAAUUUGACAAUGAAGGUCUGAUUCACACAGUCUCCUCUGAACAGUUGAUGUUGAGAUGUGUCUGUGACUUCAACUCUGUGAAGCAUUUAUUUGGGCUGCAAUUUCUAAGGCUGGUAACACUAAUUAACUUAUCCUCUGCAGCAGAGGUAACUCUGGGUCUUCCAUUCCUGUGGCAGUCCUCAUGAGAGCCAGUUUCAUCAUAGCGCUUGAUGGUUUUUGCGAAUGCGCUUGAAGAAACGUUCAAAGUUCUUGAAAUGUUCCGUAUUGACUGACCUUCAUGUCUUAAAGUAAUGAUGGACUGUCGUUUCUGUUUGCUUAUUUGAGCUGUUCUUGCCAUAAUAUGGACUUGGUCUUUUACCAAAUAUGGCUAUCUUCUGUAUACCCCCCUACACAACUGAUUGGCUCAAACGCAAUAAGAAGGAAAGAAAUUCCACAAAUUAACUUUUAAGAAGGCACACUUGUUAAUUGAAAUGCAUUCCAGAUGACUACCUCAUGAAGCUGGUUGAGAGAAUGCCAAGAGUGUGCAAAGCUGUCAUCAAGACAAAGGGUGGCUAUGUUAAGAAUCUCAAAUAUAAAAUAUAUUUUGAUUUAACACUUUUUUGGUUACUACAUGAUUCCAUAUGUGUUUUUUCAUAGGUUUGAUGUCUUCACUAUUAUUCUACAAUGUAAACAGUUGUACAAAUUAAGAAAAACCUUUGAAUGAGUAGGUGUGUCCAAACCUUUGACUGGUAGUGUGUUUGCCCAUAUGUAGAAGUGCUCAGAAAGUGACCUUUUGGACCUGAAUGCCCAAACAUUCACAAGAUAAAGGUGCUAAAAGUUGACCCAUUUUACAUACCCCACCAUACCAUGAGACAUACAUGUCUUUAUCACUGGAAAAUAUAAUCGGUUGUGAUUGUAAAGGCUUACUAACAGGGUUGUGAAACUAUUUUUUAACCUUGAACGUCAAGUAUCUAAAAACAUUUAAACUUUUUUUUAAAACACAGAGUGCAUUCGGAAAGUAUUCGGACCCCUUGACUUGUUCCACAUUUUGUAACUUUACAGCAUUAUUCUAAAAUUGAUUAAAUAUAUUUUUUCCUCAUCAAUCUACACACAAUACCCCAUAAUGACAAAGCAAAAACAGGAUUUUAGAAAUUGUUGGACAAAAAAUACCUUAAUUACAUAGGUAUUCAGACUCUUUGCUAUGAGACUCGAAAUUGAGCUCAGGUGCGUUCUGUUUCCAUUGAUCAUCCUUGAGAUGUUUUGUACAACUUGAUUGGAGUCCACUUGUGGUAAAUUAAAUUGAUUGGACAUAUGGAAAGGCACAUACCUGUCUAUAUAAGGUCCCACCGUUGACAGUGCAUGUCAGAGCAAUAACCAAGCCAUGAGGUCGAAGGAAUUGUCUGUAGAGCUCUGGGGAAUGGUACCAAAACAUUUAUGCAGCAUCGAAGGUCCCUAAGAACCCAGUGGGCUUCAUCAUUCUUAAAUGGAAGAAGUUGGAACCACCAAGACUCUUCGUAGAGCCGGCCGCCCGGCCAAACUGAGAAAUCGGGGGAGAAGGGCCUUGGUCAGGGAGGUGACCAAGAACCCGAUGGUCACUCUGACAGAGCUCCAGAGUUCCUCUGUGGAGAUGGGAGAACCUUCCAGAAGGACAACCAUCUCUGCAGCACUCCACCAAUCAGGCCUUUAUGGAGAGUGGCCAGAUGGAAGCCACUCCUUGGUAAAAGGCACAUGACAGCCCGCUUGGAGUUUGCCCAAAAGGCACUUAAAAGACUCUCAGACCAUCUGAUGAAACCAAGAUUGAACUCUUUUGCCUGAAUGCCAAGCGUCACGUCUGGAGGAAACCUGGCACCAUCCCUACGGUGAAGCAUGGUGGUGGCAGCAUCAUGCUGUGGGGAUGUUUUUCAGCGGCAUGGACUGGGAGACUAGUCAGGAUUGAGGGAAAGAUGAACAGAGCAAAGUACGGAGAGAUCCUUGAUGAAAACCUGCUCCAGAGCGCUCAGGACCUCAGACUGGGGUGAAGGUUCACCUUCCAACAGGACAACGACCCUAAGCACACAGCCAAGACAACGCAGGAGUGGCUUCGGGACAAGUCUCUGAAUGUCCUUGAGUGGCCCAGCCAGAGCCCGGACUUGAACCCGAUCGAACAUCUCUGAAGAGACCUGAAAAUAGCUGUGCAGCGAAGCUCCCCAUCCAACCUGACAGAGCAUGAGAGGAUCUGCAGAGAAGAAUGGGAGAAACUUCCCAAAUACAGGUGUGCCAAGCUUCUAGCGUCAUACCCAAGAAGACUCGAGGCUGUAAUCGCUGCCAAAGGUGCUUCAACAAAGCACUGAGUAAAGGGUCUGAUGUAAAUGUAAGUUUUUAUUGUGCAAACAUUUCUACCACUCAGUUUUUGCUUUUUCAUUAUGGGGUAUUGUGUGUAGAUUGGUGAGGGGGUAAAUAUUAAUUUAAUCCAUUUUAGAAAUAAGGCUGUAACGUAACAAAAUUGGAAAAAGUAAAGGGGUCUGAAUACUUUCCGAAUGCACUGUGUUGUAGCUUAGAUCCUAUUUUACAUAAUCUAAGGUUUUUGUGUUGUGCCCGCCAUCGGUGCUCUUGAAUACAGGGUGGGUGUCAUGUUUUGGCUGAUAAAUGUACCACAAUGGGAAUAACAUUUUAUAACUUUCAAAUGGUUGGUUGAAGGUCCACACAUCAGAUAAUGUUGGUUUGAAUGGGAAUAUCUGUUUUAAAUGAUACUGUCAAUCCUCCAUAGGAAACCUAUUGAAAUCAUAGAAAUAUAGAUCAUAGAAUAGACAUGACCAUUUAAGUUGACAUUCGACGGUGGAUGGACACGCUGUCAUCUUUGUGGUAGUAAUUAGAAGUAAACAUUUCAAUUGAAUUUAAAUUUCAAUGGUGUACCAGCUAAAUUUCACUGGUCUGAAGGGAUUGGUCACUUCUAUGAAUUGUAUUUCUAUGAUGGAAAUUACACCCACCCUGUUUUCAAGAGCAUUUUGUCUCAGCCAAUGGCGGGUCUCAUGGUGGGGUACACAAAAUAGGUUAACUUUGAGCGCCUUUAUCAACUGAAUGUUUUGGCAUUCCGGUCCAAAAAGUAUCUUUCUGACCACUUCCAUGGGCAAACAUGUAUGGAAAGUUUCCUUUAAAUCAUAUCAAAAAGUGAUAUAAUUCAAAGGUAUUGACCCUACUUCCAGAUUCAUAUGAUAUUGUUAGGGCUAGGAUAAAGUUUUUAACUGGUAGGUCUAGUUCUGUCCUCAAGCAAACGAGUGGUCAAUAGAGUAUAUUCUCAUGCCACUUUUUACCUCUUGAUACUUUAAUCAUCUCAAUGAAGAAUCCAAUUAGGCUACCACUACUUAGGCAUGCGGAUUGUCUGUGCACCUCUCCUUUAACUGGGUUAUUUCUAUGACUUGUUUUGGCAAGCUUAAUGGUGAUGCACCUGUUUUCUAAUGGUUGCCGAUAUUGUGGAAGUGCCUACAAUGGUGUGGCUUGGCACCUUAGUACAAGGAUGGCUGGAGGUCAGAUAGGUCAUGAAUAUCUCUUAGCCCUAGCUAUUUUAGGAUGUCUAGAGGGCAUUUGUGACUAGCUUAGGGUGUCUAUUCUAGGAGUGGCCUAAGUCUACAGGUUGAAAGUAGCAUGUCCUUCAAAGAUCAAUCUGUUGUGCGAAAAUGGCUUUUGUUGUCCUGCAUCAGCACAUUAGUUUCACAUCUUUGCUGUCUUGGUUGUAAGUCCUAGACAACUACCUCGCGCUAAUCAGUAAGAAUUGAUUUAGUAUAAUGGCCAUUAUGCAAUUCCACCCUCCCUCAAAUAAAACAAAUAUAUUGGGAAACGUACCAGAUUAGAUUACGGUGCACUACUCAACCUAUUGUCUGUGUCACUUUAAUAGAAUAACGAUGGCAUUCUAACGCAUGGCAACAAGAGCAGCUGACCAACUCCAUGGCUUAGGCCCUACUAGUUCAUGUUUUUUCACACUCCUCACUGACACUGAGUGUUGCCCUCCCUGUGUGCAUAAGGGGAUUGAGGGCAGCCUGCAAAAGCCAACGUAAGGGGCUCUAACCAAGCCAAGAGGAUUGCCACACGGCCCUCUGGGAUUAUCCCUUGCACUCCGCUGGUCAGGACUGGCUUCAGUGCUGUUGCCAGGGGCAACCAAUGACACCAGCACCACCAAUUGCUUCUACCAUGCAGUCAGUGCCUGGUGACUCACCCUUGCUACUGCCAGACAUGGCUAAAUGAAUACCUAUCUGACCAUUAGACCAAGUAGAGAGAGUCUGACUACAGUAGGCUGUAUUACAUUUACAUUUUAGUCAUUUAGCAGACGCUCUUAUCCAGAGCGACUUACAGUUAGUGAGUGCAUACAUAAUUUUUUAUACUGGCCCCCCAUGGGAAUCGAACCCACAACCCUGGCGUUGCAAACGCCAUGCUCUACCAACUGAGCUACAUCCCUGCCGGUCAUUCCCUCCCCUACCCUGGACGACGCUGAGCCAAUUGUACGCUGCCCCAUGGGUCUCCCGGUCGCGGCCGGCUACGACAGAGCCUGGAUUCGAACCAGGAUCUCUAGUGGCACAGCUAGCGAUGCAGUGCCUUAGACCACUGCGCCACAGUACAGAAAUUAGCGUUAUUGCCAUAAAAGAACUGAAAUGGGUAGAGCAUUCUCUCAUACCCUCUGUUGCUUUGCUUCUGUAGCAUUCAAUGUUAUUGCUGCCGGGUUGGCGGACCCAUGCCAAAUAAUUAGGAAUAAAGGACCAUGUCUUUGGAUGAGCUGGUGGUAAUGUUAUCUUAACUGAGGGUCAGGGGUUAAGUGUUGGUGUGUGGCCAGUCGAAUAUCCACCGGGAUUAGUACAGAGCCCUGGGGGAUGCCACACGUUGGCAGCACCAGGUGGCAGACAGCAGGUGACCGCUUCGAGAUAAUCGGAUAUCUCAGGUAAAUCCAGUCUGUACUGAUGGCUGUACUCACAUAAAUAGCUGCAAUCCGUAAAGUGUGUGUUUGAGACUUGAGGAGUGGUAUUAGUGCGCUGAGGUGUCACUGUAAUCUAGCUCAAUGUUUGCACGUGUAUUCUCACAGAUUGGCAACCCUCGUCACAUUAACUCCCCUCCUUUCGCCCCAAAAGUAUCUUGAAUGUUCAUGUGAAAAUCACUGUGUGUGUGUGUGUGUGUGGUCAUUUCAGCUUUUAUUUUUUGAUUGUGUACUUUUGUGUUUCAGGAUGGGCUGAUAGAGCAGAUCUAUGACCUGAUCCUGGAGUACUUCCACUCUCAGGCCUGCUCUAUCGGCUUCCCAGAGCUGGCCCUGCCCACCAUCAUCCAGGUAAUACCACCACCUCCUCUAAUCUCCACCCCUAGUCAGCUAAUGGAACCUCUUCACCAUUUGAUGCAAUGGCAUAAUAUCCAUAACCUAAGCCAGGGAAAGGCAACUGGCCCUGGAAGGCAAAAACACUUCAAGUUUUAAUUAUCUUCUCCUAAUCAGGGACUGAUUCAGAGUUUCAGACAUCAAUAUGCGGUCUUGUUUUUUUUUUAUUCUACACGUUUGGUAAAUGGGCAGCUAUUUAACAUACUAACUAAAACAUCUUGAGGUGUUGUUGACUAUCAAGUAAAAAAAUUAUCUUAGCUGCUAGCCCCUCUACGGCAAACACAAGGCUGCAAGAAACUUGACUUGGUCUUAUGGUGAGUAGGCCAGAUGGAAAAAGAGGGUGAGAGAGAGGGGGAUGAAGAGUAAAGUGUGUCUGUGCUGACCUUUAAUGGCUCCACCGGCUUGCUGUUGUUUUAACGGCCCUGGCGACCAACCACUGAGCCCACUUCCUGUCAGAGACAGCCAGCAGUGGGUGGGAGGCGAGCUCCUCUACAAGUAAUGCCGAAAGACUAACGAAGUCAGAAUCUGCCCUCGCCAACGCAAACAACGCAUGACUUCUCUUCUUCUACUCCAGUUUUUACUGUUGCUACACACAUACACACACACAUAAACACACACACACACACACACACGUGAGCGCUGGGCAUAAAGUAGCGACAAUCCAGAGGGGAAAGACAAUUCCAGACUAGGUGAUUUUAUAUAGCGUUUUUCACUCUUUCUCUCUCCCCCCCCCCCUCUCCUUUCUACCUCCUCUCCGCUGCGCCACAGCUGAAAGCGUUCCUGAAGGAAUGCAAAGUGGCCAAUUACUGCAAGCAGAUCCGCCAGCUGCUGGAGAAGGUACAGGAGAACAGCAGCCACAUCACAGCCCGUAGACAGAGGGCCGCCUUUGGAGUGGCCGACGCGUCCGCCGUGGUGAGUUUGGCUGUGUGUGUGCCCGCCCGUGAGCAACUGAGCAUGUCCGUGCCAGGUCUUCUGGGCUGCUGUUCCAGAGCCCUCAUUUCACCUCUUCAACAUGCGUGCGCACACCUCUCUUUCCCAUCAGUGCCUCUGCUUCCCCCAAAAUAUAGACAUUCACCCAGUACAUACAUAAGAUUUCAUGAUUAAAUUCAAUGUUAAUUUUGAGAUUUUUCAGUAGCCAGCAGGCUAAACUUCUUAAAUUAUGUGAUGGUUCAUCAACGGUUGAUACUUGAGUUGUGUUGGUUGUUGCAUUCCAACUAAUUGUUUCAAACACGCACACACAGACACCAGUGUCAGCUGGGGAGCACUCCAAACGACUGCCUAGAGCACUCCCACCUCCUCUUAACCCCCUGUACACCCCGUUCCCAAAACACAUACACCAUCCUGGGCGAGCUCCCAUAGGAAGUGCCUGUGAAGGUCUCCACCAGCCUAGAGCGUUUAACCAUCAUGUUCCCCCUGACCCUUAACCCCUAGACCCCUCCUGGCUGUGUCUGUUACACACACACAGACAGUGAGGAGAUAAGAGCCAAGGCUACACACUUAGCGCCUGCUGCAGUGAACCUGAGUAGGAAGCAGAGGGAAGGAUGCUGGAGGAGACAUCCCUAGGUGAACACUGGCGUUAGAGGAGGGCUCUGUGGUCAUUAGACCCUCCUUUAUAGGUUUGAACCAGCCUCACCCCCCCCCCCCCCCCUCAUCCCUUGCCUUAAUGAGGGGACAUUGUUGGAGGUGUGUGUAUGCAUGGGCAGAAGUGCCAUUUCCUGUGUGCGUUUUCUUCUCACCGUAUGCACUCUCUACCUGCCCCACCAAACACACACACUCCUCAGGCUGCAUUGGUUUGCACCUCCAAUCCUGGCUGAGUGCCUCGCCCCACACCCGUGAUAAAUAUUUAAGAGUGAAAUUAAAGAGGGGAUGUCGCUGUGUGUAGUUUAGUCUUGAAGAAGUGUGUUUGUGUGCGCUUGCUGCGAGAGACUGAGACAGACAGCUUGGCACCGGGGGCUGCGCCUGUCGCCACGGCUCCCAGCCCAGAGGAGCCUGUCGCCAUGGCAUCCGUCCCCAUGCUGCACGGCAACCAUGUUGCCGGGUAGAGGCCAGCCCCCUUUCCGGCUGCCGUGGAAAGGCCAUCACUCCCCUCUGGCCCCAGACACCCAAACGCAGAUCACAUUUGAAUGGGCCUCCGCUGAAGCCUAAAUAGCUUUUUUCUUGGUAGGUCUAUGCUUUCUUAACAAUUUUGAGCAAAAUGUUUUUGCCAUCUUCUAGAGUAGUUAGGCUAGGUGUGAGAGAACAGCGGAGCCUAAAUCUCAACCCUAAUCCGAUAGCAUUGUUUUGUCUGGGUUUUAAGUGUUUUCAAAAGCCCUGGGUCUUUCUGUUCACGUCCUGUCCUCUCCUCUUUGUUCUGGGGCCCAGCCUAAUAACCGCCAUUGUAAAUUGUCGUAAAUAGGUUUAGCUAACCGACGAAGGAAGCUGCGGUCUAUACGGUCUAUUGGAUUUGGAGGUCAGAUAAUCCUAUUGGGCCUGAUCAAUGCCAUCAGCAAAGACCUUUAGGGGAAGGGCUGGCGUAGAUCGUCCAGUCUCCUCUUUCAGCUUCUCUUCUCGCUCUGUCUCUCUCUCGCUCUGUCUCGCUCUGUCUCUCUCUCGCUGUCUCUCGCUCUGUCUCUCUCUCGCUCUGUCUCUCUCUCGCUCUGUCUCUCUCGCUCUCUCGUCGUCUCCUCUGCUCUCUCGCUUGCUCUCUCGCUCUGUCUCUCUCGCUCUGUCUCUCUCUGCUCUGUCUCUCUCGCUCUGUCUCUCUCCGUCUCUCUCGCUCGCUCUCUCGCUCUGUCUCUCUCGCUUUCUCUCUCGCUCUCUCGCUCUCUCCUCGCUCUGUCUCUCCUCUCGCUCUCUGCUCUGUCUCCUCUCGCUCUCGCUCUUCUCUCUCGCUCUGUCUCUCUCGCUCUCGCUCUCUCUCUCGCUUCUGUCUCUCGCUCUCUCUCGCUCUGUCUCUCUCGCUCUCUCUCGCUCUGUCUCUCUCGCUCUGCUCCUCUUCCUCUGCUCUCUCUCGCUCUGUCGCUCUCUCGCUCUGUCUCUCGCUCGCUCUCUGUCUCUCUCGCUUCUCGCUCUGUCCUCUCUCGCUCUCGCUCUGUCUCUCUCGCUCUCGCUCUCUCUCUCGCUCUGUCUCUCUCGCUCUGUCUCUCUCGCUCUGUCUCUCUCGCUCUGUCUCUCUCGCUCUGUCUCUCUCGCUGUCUCUCUCGCUCUGUCGCUCUCGCUCUCGCUCUGUCUCUCUCGCUCUCGCUCUGUCUCUCUGUCUCUCGCUCUGUCUCUCUCGCUCUCGCUCUGUCUCUCUCGCUCUCGCUCUGUCUCUCUCGCUCUCGCUCUGUCUCUCUCGCUCUCGCUCUGUCUCUCUCGCUCUGUCUCUCUCGCUCUCGCUCUGUCUCUCUCGCUCUGUCUCUCUCGCUCUGUCUCGCUAUGUCUCUCUCUCGCUAUGUCUCUCUCUCUCUCUGUUUCUCUCGCUCGCGCUCGCUCUGUCUCUCUCUCUCUCUGUGUUUCUCCCCUUGUCAAUAGCAAAUAAUGUUUGAAAUCUACACUGAACAAAAAUAUAAAUGCAACAUGCAACCAUUUCAAAGAUUUUACAGAGUUACAGUCAAUUGAAAUAAAUAAAUUAGGCCCUGAUCUAUGAAUUUCAUAUGACUUGGAAUACAGAUAUGCAUAUGUUGGUCACAUAUACCUUAAAAAUAAAAAAAAAGUAGGGGCGUGGAUCAGAAGACCAGUCUAUCUGGUGUGCCCACCAUUUGCCUCAUGCAGCGCUACGCAUAGAGUCGAUCAGGCUGUUGAUUGUGGCCUGUGGAAUGUUGUCCCACUCUUCUUCAGAUCCUUGCGACAUGGGGCCGUACAUUAUCAUGCUGAAAAAUGAGGUAAUGGCGGCGGAUGAAUGGCAUGACAAUGGGCCUUAGGGUCUCGUCACGAUAUCUCUGUGCAUUCAAAUUACCAUAAAUAAAAUGCAAGUAGGUUUCUUCUAGGUAGUGUUAGCUAGCGCUAGACGGCUGUACCUGCGCCAAAACGCCUGUAUUUUUCAUCCAAUAGCUUGUUCGCCAUCUUCUUUUUAAAUGGUGAGCCAACAAGUUUUAAGGACUUUAUUUCCAUGACUGAUCAAAACUAGUUUUCUCAUGCUCUGUCUCUCUGCAGCAGACAUAAAGUGAGCAAUAUGUUUGGAAUAUCAAAUUGCAAUAAAAUCGCAGCAUCGCAAUGCGAUACACAUAGAAUCGUGAGAAUCGCAAUACAUAUCGCGUUGAGUAUUGUGAUAAUAUCGUAUCGUGAGGUCCCUGGCAAUUCCCAGCCAUAACACACACAAACAAAUACGGAGUGGAUAUGUAACAAGUGUGUUUCAUGAUUGUGUGUGCCUGGUGGGCAGGCGAAGUGGGAGAAGCAGACUGCGGAGGAGGGGACGCCCCUCACCAGGUACUACAGCCAGUGGAAGAAGCUAAGGGAGAAGGAGAUCCAGCUGGAGAUAUCUGGGAAGGAGAGGGUAACUAUCAGACGCACAUACCAACUGUUUUAGACUUCAAAGAUGAAAGUAUUUUCAGGGCAUUCAUCCAAAUUCAACAAACGUCUCCAUCCUAUUUUACGAAUGAUACAAGUAACUUGGAAGGUUUGAGUAAGAUAAUGCAUUGUCAGUGGGAGAUUGGUGGAAAUGUUCAAGGUUGCAUGCAAACAUUUUUGAAGAAUAUGACCUUUUUUAUUAGUUUUCGAUGAUUUUUCAAUGGGGUCAGUUCUCUACAGUUAGUGGUUUUAGAAAAGAAACUGAGAUGUAGGCCUAAUUUAAUUGACAGAAGAUCUCUCAAUGUGGCUCCAGGCUUCCGUCUGGGGAGUGUUAACCCUAAAUGUUUGUAAAGUGUUUUGUAAGUGACUUUGAUGAAUGUUCUGAAUCUUGAGAUCUUGAGCAAUGGUCUCAUUGUCAUAUGGUCCCAAAUCACCUGUUUUGACAAUAGGUUUUCCAUAACACUAUAUUUUGAAAUGGAACUGCAUAUUAACAUUUCCUCUCUCAUUUAAGAUGGAAGACUUGGACCUCCCUGAGAUCAAACGCAGGAAGAUUCAGGAGAAGAAAGCGGUGGACAAGAAGGAGUUCAAGGAUCUCUUUGAGUCCGACAGCGACUCAGACGACGACGGAGGACUCAAAGUCAAAGGUAACCCUAUUUACAUUGGAAGGAUAACAUUCCGAAACGGGGAGGGAUGACUUGUCCCUGUCCAUUAAGAAACAGUAAUUUUGGUUUCCUGCUGCAAAAUAAUUCCCAAAGCGUGACCAUAACGACCCUGAACCAGCGUUAACGCAGUUCGGCAAUUGUGUCUCAAGGCCUUGCACAGGGAUCUCAAAGUCUCAGAAUUAGCUAUAUUUGAAUUCCAAUUCCAAUUGCCUGACAAAUCUCUUGAUCUGCAGGCACUGUCUGACUACAUUUCCUGUUAGAGCUGGCCAGUAAAUAAAGACUGCUUGAAGGUCCUAUGCUAUGCAUGUCUUGGCCACUAGGAGGCUGUAUUGAGUUGCACAGAGACCAUCUACAGCAGGGAUCAUCAACCAGAUUUAGCCAUGGUACGAUGUUUUUCUUGAGCGGAUGGUCCGUGGGCCGGAACAUAAUUACAAAUAAUUUGUAGACUGCAAAUUAACCGGAACAGGCCCAAACAGAUAUGUUUGACUAAAACAUAAUCAUUUUUUAUACCAGUUGUGGAACCCUGAUCUACAGACUGUUGGCCAACAGCACAUAAGCACAGUCUCUAACACACACUCAUACACUGUAGUAGACUAUUGAGCGCCUUUAUGGCAAGGAUACAGCUCCUCUUCCCUUUCCGGGAUGAACAUUUGGCUCAUUCUGAGGGAAUGUACAACUGGCCUUACUGUAGCCAUGCUGCUCUCCCAGCAAAACAUGCUCUGUCCAAUUAGUUGGAGUCUACUUCUCUCUCUCCUAUGUUUCCCUUUCUCCUAUAUUUUGUUCUCUCUAUCCUUCUAUAUUUCCCUCUCCCUUUCUUUCUCCUAUAUUUCUUUCUCUCCCUAUCCUUCUAUAUUUCUCACCCUUCAGCUGAGUGCAGCUGUCACUCCUGUCUUCCUUUAAGCCCUGUGUGUCUGGACCUCUGCUAUGGGUCAUCCACAGGACACGGGCAGGGCAGGAGUCCUCUUUUACAGCUUUACAGUUGGACACGCUCGACGGAGGGAAAAAACCUUAGAGGUCGGAAGGAGAGAGUGAGGGGGCGGUAGGGGAUUUUUUUUCAUCUGGUCCUCAUUGUAGGGAGAGUCUCCGCAAAUGGGCGGGCAGCUGCCGGCGAGCCACCAGCCCACCUCGCCCCAACGGCCCGUCCCGUUGCUCUCUCACAGGAAGCACAGGCAUGGAUCCCGGUGGGGGUUCCUAAUUCAAACCAGCCCACUGGAACAGCCAGAGGUGUCCGCUCCCCAGUACUUCCCCCUCUGCUUCCCUCCAGCUCACAAUGCUUAACUGGCUGCCCCCGCAUUUCCUCCGCAUACACAAACCAACCCACCCUCCAGCCCUUGACAACCUUCCAACCUUUGGGCAGCUUACUAAACUGUGGUUGGUUGAAGUCUGCUGAGAUGCCCCAGUGGUGGAGAGGAGGAAAGUGUGAGGGGAGAAGAAGACUGGUUUCUAUGAAUGUGUCUAGUUGUUAUUGUGGGGGUGUUAAGUCCUCCAGGUCGUAUGGGGGCAGACGGGCAUGUAGAUCCUGCUGUCCCUCACAACCCCAGUCUAGGUCGCAAAUAUACAGGUUAAGACGAGGAUUCUAAUAUCCCAUAACUCUUUGCAUACAUGCGGAAGAAUUCUAAACCAUGGGACCAGAAAUGCGAACGAAAAUUACUGGAAGUGAAUGUUAGCAGUACAUGGAAAAUAAACACAAUCGUAGUGAAGUUCAGCAAACACAUAGCAUAACUUUUCCUGUCAUUCUAUUCAUUUAAACAUUUUUUAAAUUAUCUACAUCCACUUUAUUUAUUUCCAGACUGCUGGUCACAUUUUCAAUCCUUAUCCUGUAGAAUCAGCAACGGCGCUGGUCCCAUUAAUUUUUGUUUCUUUUUGAACGCUUCCGCAUGGAAUUAUUACUUUGUCAUAACCUGUAUAUUUUCGACCUCAACCCCAGUCAGGAUGUGUGUGUGUGUGUCAGGGUUUCUGUUAGCCCGUAAUAGCCGACUUUUGGACGAUAAUAAAGCAGAUAAAUAAAAUCUCAGCCUGCAAAUUGUCUGGGAGAAGAAUAAAAAAAUGCCUUUGCGAAAUAAUGCUUUUUAGCCUAUUCGUUGAUGGAAAUACCAAUUGAUGUAAAUACAUUUGACUGGUCAUUCUUAUCGGUCAUUCUAGGUAGCUCACUGUGUAUCUGUGUGUGUGUGUGUGUGUGUGUGUGGUCAAUACGCUCUUAGUAGUAAGUGUUGGAUAGUGUGGCAAUUGAAGUGUCUGUGCCUCUCUCUCCUCUCCUGGCUACCAGCAUCUCAUCAAACCCUACUUUAAAGCUCAGGGACCACUCUGCAGUGGCCUCUGCUACACACACACACACACACACACACACAUACAGGAUAGACUCGCCCAUUUUACAGAAGGAAUUUGUAGCUGUCUGAAGUGAAGCCUGCCUGCUAUCUCCAUUUUAUAUAUUUAGGCAGCGACUGAGUGUAAGAUGUGUGAAAUUGGCUGUGGUAAACUGUCAUGAGUAAUGUAUUCUCAGCUCCAUCACCAUGCAGGUAAUAGGCAAUUCCAAGGUGGUUAGAUGCUACCUACCUGCCUGCAUGUACACAUUUCUGGGCCCAUAUUCAUAAAGCAUCUCAAGAGUACGCGAGCCUGAUCUAGGAUCAUGUCUCUGUUCAUGUAAACGUAUUAAUUAUGAUCCAAAAUGAAAACUGAUCACAUAUCAGGACUCAUACUUUGAGAUGCUUUAUUAAAAGGAUGCUUCAGGAUUUUGGCAAUUAAGCCCUUUGUCUACUUUCGCAGAGUAAGUUGAACUUGUGGAUACCAUUUUUAUGCAGUUUGAAUGAAGUUGCUAACUAGCGUUAGCGCAAUUGCUAAUUAGCGUAAGCACAAUGACUGGAAGUCUAUGGUAACUGCUAGCAUUCAAGUAGAUAUGAUAAACUUCCAGUCAUUGUGCUAACGCUAGUUAGCAUUGGCUCGCGAAACUAACUUCCUUCAUACUGGAUGCAGAUACAUAAAAAUGGUAUCCACGAGUUCAUCUGACUCUGGGGAAGUAGAUAAAUGUCUGCAUUGACAAAAUCCCGAAUGAUCCCUUUAGUACAGCCUUAAAGUGUUCCACUACCUAAGUGUAUAAUAUUACAACCAAUCUUUACAAAAUGGUGCAUCUGAGUCAGGGUUUCUGGUAGCCGGUAAUAGCCGGCUUUUGUCUGAUAAAAUAAAUAGAAAAGCCGCUAAAUAAAAUUGGUGUCGGCCAAUUGUCCGGGAGAAGAAGAAAAAAUCCCAUUGCGAUAUAAUGCUUUUUAUCCUCUUCAUUGAUGGAAAUACCAGUCGAUGGAAAUUCAUUUCACUGGUCAUACUUAUUGGUCAAAGGUUUAUUUGCAUAAUUUAGUGGAAUUAUAUUGGCGCAUGUGUACAGUAUAUUCACUAUGUAUCUUAUUUAUCACACGCGUACAGCAGGGUUCCCCAACUGGUGGCCCGCAGUGGUUUUAUUUGGCCCCCCAAGUUUUCGGAGCAAUUUUCUUAUUUUAAUUAAUUUUAUUGUGUGACAUAAUAGACUAAAAACACCAGGAAAUCAGCUCCAUGUAAUUUUAAUUUAAGAAAUCUGUUCCCAAGUAUUCCCACGCAUAAUAGAGGGACAUGUGAUCGUAUACAAAUGUAAGCAAGGUUUGAAAUUAUUAUGUUUUAGUCAAACAUAUACACUAUCUGUUUGGGCUUCUUGAGGUCAGUUUGCUAUCUACAAAUUAUUUUAAUUAUGUUCUGGCCCCGCGACCAUCAGCUGAAGAAGAGAUCGGCCCGCGGCUGAAUCUAGUUGAUGAUCCCUGGCGUACAGAUACAGAGCCUUUGAGUGGAAAAUCUGUCAGACAGUACCAGAGAUGCUGCUGCUGCUGCAGCAUCUUGUGGUGCUUUCUAGACAACUGGGAACUCAGAAAAGUAGGUUGGUCGGAGCUCUAGAAAGAAGCCAGAGUUGGAAUGCCGAGUUGGAUGACCGUUCAAAACGAUUUUUUUCCAGUCGGAGAUAGUCCCCGUCCCCCCCAGUUGAGAUUUCUGAGUUCCCAGUUGUUUUGAACGCGACAUCAAAUGGCAAGGGAAGGCAGGCUUUAUCAACGCGUCACACACCACUUUGCAAUGAGCUGGAGGCAGUAUGCAUUUUGAAAACACACUUAAUUGUUUGAAACCUGAACGUUUUAAUACAUAUUAUGAGGCAUGUCUUUCCUUGCUUAAAAGUAGCCUAUUAGAACUUCUGUCUUUCAAAAUGUAUAUUUUCAUCUGUCGCAUGAAACCAAUCGCAUGUGCAAUGCCUUUUUGACAAUGGCGUUUUCCCACUAAUUGCAUUAAGGAACGAACAUUUGUGUUUAGUCUACUGCCUUAUGUGCAUUUCUGCGCUUAUAAUGUUGAAGAAAUAAUAGUUUAUCAACAUUUAUCUAAACGUUCUGAUCUGUUGCAUCAGAUUCAUUGCAUUCUUUUACAUAUAUAUAUGUUUUUAAUGUAGCCUAGGCCCAUUGGUUGUAUGAAUUUGGGAUCUAUCGUCCCACAACUGUCCCAGAGUCUGUUUGGAAUAGGCUAUUUCUUUUUCGACAAACUGACCAAUAGAAUAGGUAGCCUAAACUUUUCUAGUAGAUUGAUAAAGACUAGCGAUUUUGCUGUUCAUUACUCGUCUUGUUGUCUGAGAAAAAGUAAAUGUGGACAGUUAUUCUAACAUGUUCAAAGUGCCCAUCAGAAUACGUUGGAAGGACCGCACGUCAUUGAAUCCUCGACUUCCAUGUUCUGUUAAUAUGAAUAACCAUAUUCUAAAUGUGAUUUCUGUCAUUCUGAUCAUUGUGGGUGUACAACCAAAUCAGGUUACGCACCCAGUGCAUAUGGGUCCGGUAAAUCUAAAUGUUUUUGGUCAAAUGUCCGGUGGCACAUUUUCCUUAUGGAAUCCCUGAUCUGAGUAAAACAAAGUCAAAGCUAAUGAGUAUUCACUGGUACUUCAUAUUCUAUUUCUCUUUCUUCUUGUCAGACAAAAAGGGAGGAUCUGACGACGAUGAUGACGAUGAUGCUGAUCUUCUUCAAGAGCUGUCUGACCUGAGUGAUGAUGAGGGGGUGGGGGAAGAACAUGAUGGUGUCUCAGGUUUGUGGACUGACAAAUAUGUGCUUUUCACACUACUGAACUCAACCAAGCCGAGCUGUACUGGGCUGGCCUGGUUACGCAUCCACUGUAGUUUCUGGAACCGUGGUUGGAAAGGCUAAUGUGAAAAUUUAACAUGCAAGCCAACACAGUACGGUUCGGUUCAGGUCUGCACACUAGUGUGAGUAUUAGAUGCCUGGUCCAGAAUUUAACACCAGCCUCCUUUUUCUUUUUUUUAUUUCACCUUUAUUUAACCAGGUAAGCCAGUUGAGAACAGGUUCUCAUUUACAACUGCGACCUGGCCAAGAUAAAGCAAAGUAGUGCAAUAAAAACAACACAGAGUUACAUAUGGGGUAAAAAACAUAAAGUCAGAAAUACAACAGAAAAUAUAUAUACAGUGUGUGCAAAUGUAGCAAGUUAUGGAGGUAAGGCAAUAAAUAGGCUAUAGUGCAGAAUAAUUACAAUAGUAUUAACACUGGAAUGCUAGAUGUGCAAGAGAUUAUGUGCAAAUAGAGAUACUGGGGUGCAAAAGAGCAAAAUAAAUAACAAUAUAGGGAUGAGGUAGUUGGGUGGGCUAAUUUCAGAUGGGCUGUGUACAGGUGCAGUGAUCGGUAAGGUGCUCUGACAACUGAUGCUUAAAGUUAGUGAGGGAGAUAAGAGUCUCCAGCUUCAGAGAUUUUUGCAAUUCGUUCCAGUCAUUGGCAGCAGAGAACUGGAAGGAAUGGCGGCCAAAGGAGGUGUUGGCUUUGGGAAUGACCAGUGAGAUAUACCUGCUGGAGCGCAGACUACGGGUGGGUGCUGCUAUGGUGACCAAUGAGCUAAGAUAAGGCGGGGAUUUGCCUAGCAGUGAUUUAUAGAUGGCCUGGAGCCAGUGGGUUUGACGACGAACAUGUAGUGAGGACCAGCCAACAAGAGCGUACAGGUCACAGUGGUGGGUAGUGUAUGGGGCUUUGGAGACAAAACGGAUGGCACUGUGAUAGACUACAUCCAAUUUGCUGAGUAGAGUGUUGGAGGCUAUUUUGUAAAUUACAUCGCCGAAGUCAAGGAUCGGUAGGAUAGUCAGUUUUACGAGGGCAUGUUUGGCAGCAUGAGUGAAGGAGGCUUUGUUGCGAAAUAGGAAGCCGAUUCUAGAUUUAACUUUGGAUUGGAGAUUCUUUAUGUGAGUUUGGAAGUUGAGUUUACAGUCUAACCAGACACCUAGGUAUUUGUAGUUGUCCACAUACUCUAGGUCAGACCCGUCGAGAGUGGUGAUUCUAGUCGGGUGGGCGGGUGCCAGCAGCGUUCGAUUGAAAAGCAUGCAUUUAGUUUUACUAGUGUUUAAGAGCAGUUGGAGGCUACUGAAGGAUUGUUGUAUGGCAUUGAAGCUCGUUUGGAGGUUUGUUAACACAGUGUCCAAUGAAGUGCCAGAUGUAUACAAAAUGGUGUCGUCUGCGUAGAGGUGGAUCUGAGAGUCACCAGCAGCAAGAGCGACAUCAUUGAUAUACACGGAGAAAAGUGUCGGCCCAAGAAUUGAACCCUGUGGCACCCCCAUAGAGACUGCCAUAGGUCCAGACAACAGGCCCUCCGAUUUGACACACUGAACUCUAUCUGAGAAGUAGUUGGUGAACCAGGCGAGGCAGUCAUUUGAGAAACCAAGGCUAUUUAGUCUGCCAAUAAGAAUGCGGUGGUUGACAGAGUCGAAAGCCUUGGCCAGGUCGAUGAAGACGGCUGCACAGUACUGUCUAUUAUCAAUCGCGGUUAUAAUAUCGUUUAGGACCUUGAGCGUGGCUGAAGUGCACCCGUGACCAGCUCGGAAACCGGAUUGCAUAGCGGAGAAGGUACGGUGGUAUUCGAAAUGGUCGAUGAUCUGUUUGUUAACUUGGCUUUCGAAUACUUUCGAAAGGCAGGGCAGGAUGGAUAUAGGUCUGUAGCAGUUUGGAUCUAGAGUGUCACCCCCUUUGAAGAGGGGGAUGACCGCGGCAGCUUUCCAAUCUCUGGGGAUCUCAGACGUUAUGAAAGAGAGGUUGAACAGACUAGUAAUAGGGGUAGCGACAAUUUCGGCGGCUAGUUUUAGAAAGAAAGGGUCCAGAUUGUCUAGCCCAGCUGAUUUGUAGGGGUCCAGAUUUUGCAGCGCUUUCAAAACAUCAGCUGUCUGAAUUUGUGUGAAGGAGAAGCGGGGGGGGGGGCAUGGGCAAGUUGCAGCAGAGGGUGCAGAGUUGGUGGCCUGGUUAGUGGUAGCCAGAUGGAAAGCAUGGCCAGCUGUAGCAAAAUGCUUGUUGAAAUUCUCGAUUAUUGUAGAUUUAUCGGUGGUGAUAGUGUUUCCUAGCCUCAGUGCAGUGGGCAGCUGGGAGGAAGUGCUCUUAUUCUCCAUGGACUUUACAGUGUCCCAAAACUUUUUGGAGUUAGUGCUACAGGAUGCAAAUUUCUGUUUGAAAAAGUUAGCCUUUGCUUUCCUGACUGCUUGUGUAUAUUGGUUCCUAACUUCCCUGAAAAGUUGCAUAUCGCGGGGGCUAUUUGAUGCUAAUGCUGUACGCCACAGGAUGUUUUUGUGCUGGUCAAGGGCAGUCAAGUCUGAGGAGAACCAGGGGCUAUAUCGGUUCUUAGUUCUGUAUUUUUUGAAUGGGGCAUGUUUAUUUAAGAUUGAGAGGAAAUUACUUUUAAGGAACAACCAGGCAUCCUCUACUGACGGAAUGAGAUCUAUAUCCAUCCAGGAUACCUGGGCCAGGUCAAUUAGGAAGGCCUCCUCGCUAAAGUGUUUUAGGGAGCGUUUGACAGUGAUGAGGGGUGGUCGUUUGACCGCGGACCCGUUACGGACGCAGGCAAUAAGGCAGUGAUCGCUGAGAUCCUGGUUAAAGACAGCUGAGGUGUAUUUAGAGGGUAUGUUAGUCAGGAUGAUAUCUAUGAGGGUACCCAUGUUUACGGAUUUAGGGUUGUACCUGGUAUGUUCGUUGAUAAUUUGCGUUGAGGUUGAGGGCAUCUAGCUUGGAUUGUAGGAUGGCCGGGGUAUUAAGCAUAUCCCAAUUUAGGUCACCAAGCAGUACAAACUCUGAGGAUAAAUGGGGGGCAAUCAAUUCACAUAUGGUGUCCAGGGCACAGCUGGGGGCUGAGGGGGGUCUGUAGCAAGCGGCAACAGUGAGAGACUUAUUUCUGGAAAGGUGGAUUUUUAGAAGUAGAAGCUCAAACUGUUUGGGCACAGACCUGGAUAGUAUGAUAGAGCUCUGCAGGCUAUCUCUACAGUAGAUUGCAACUCCACCCCCUUUGGCAGUUCUAUCUAGACGGAAAAUGUUAUAGUUGGGGAUGGAAAUUUCAGAAUUUUUGGUGGCCUUCCUGAGCCAGGAUUCAGACACUGCUAGAACAUCAGGGUUGGCAGAGUGUGCUAACGCAGUGAAUAACUCAAACUUAGGAAGUAGACUUCUGAUAUUUAUGUGCAAGAAACCAAGACUUUUGCGAUUACAGAAGUCAUCAAAUGAUAGUGCCUGGGGAGUAGGAGUGAUACUGAGGGCUGCAGGGCCUGGGUUAGCCUCUACAUCACCAGAGGAACAGAGGAGGACUAGAAUAAGGAUACGGCUAAAGGCUUUAAGAACUGGUCUUCUAGUGCGUUGGGUACAUAGAAUAAAGGGGGCAGAUUUCCGGGUGUUAUAGAAAAGAUUCAGGGCAUUAUGUACAGACAAGGAUAUGGAAGGAUAUGAGUAAAGUGGUGGUAAACCUAAGCGUUGGGUAACAAUGAAAGAGAUAGCAUCGCUGGAGGCAUCAAUUGAGUCGGUCUCCGCGUGUAUUGGGGGAGGGGCAAAGGAGCUAUCUAAGGCAGGUUUAGCUAGGCUGGGGGGUCUACAGUGAUAUAGUACAAUUAGAAAUAACCGAAACAACAAUAAACUAACCAUGUUUGGGCUGAGGCUAAACAUAAACAGGAUGUAGUACCGUAAAAAGGAACAGUCCAGCAGAUAUCAGCUGUAUAGCUGAGUUAUCAUAAGGUCCGGUGGUGAAGUACUAGUGAGUAAGAGGCCACGGCUAGCGUGUGCUAGCGGGCCAGGGCUAGCAGAUGGAUGGAAUCUUCGUGGUUAACGUCGUAACCACAUCAGACGAUUUCGUCGGCAGACCAGUCGUGUAGGAUCGGCGGGGCUCCGUGUCAACACUAGGUGGUCCCGUCCGGUUGACAGAGAGGUAGAUAGCCGGGAGAUGGGCCUAGCUCAGGAUGAUUAGCCAGACCACAGCGUCCGUUUUGUUGUAGCUAGCUGGCAGGUUUAGCUAGGCUGGGGGGGUCGUAAAAAGGAACAGUCCAGCAGAUAUCAGCUGUAUAGCUGAGUUAUCAUAAGGUCCAGUGGUGAAGUACUAGUGACUAAGAGGCCACGGCUAGCGUGUGCUAGCGGGCCAGGGCUAGCAGAUGGAUGGAAUCUUCGUGGUUAACGUCGUAACCACAUCAGACGAUUUCGCCGGCAGACCAGUCGUGUAGGAUCGGCGGGGCUCCGUGUCAACACUAGGUGGUCCCGUCCGGUUGACAGAGAGGUAGAUAGCCGGGAGAUGGGCCUAGCUCAGGAUGAUUAGCCAGACCACAGCGUCCGUUUUGUUGUAGCUAGCUGGCAGGUUUAGCUAGGCUGGGGGGGUCGUAAAAAGGAACAGUCCAGCAGAUAUCAGCUGUAUAGCUGAGUUAUCAUAAGGUCCAGUGGUGAAGUACUAGUGACUAAGAGGCCACGGCUAGCGUGUGCUAGCGGGCCAGGGCUAGCAGAUGGAUGGAAUCUUCGUGGUUAACGUCGUAACCACAUCAGACGAUUUCGUCGGCAGACCAGUCGUGUAGGAUCGGCGGGGCUCCGUGUCAACACUAGGUGGUCCCGUCCGGUUGACAGAGAGGUAGAUAGCCGGGAGAUGGGCCUAGCUCAGGAUGAUUAGCCAGACCACAGCGUCCGUUUUGUUGUAGCUAGCUGGUAGCGACGAAUCCGGAGUUAAAGGUUCAGUGAUUCCGGCGGAAAAACUGAUAUGUUCUGGGUCGAUAACGCGCUGUGCAGACUGGCCGAAUAUCCGGUGAUCAAUGUCCAGUGAUUAAAAUUAAUCCCGCAGAAAAAAUCCAAUGUUCUGGGUGAAACACCGCUAGCUGUGGCUAAUCGCAAGUAGCUAGUUAGCUGGCUAGCUAGUUUCAACUGGAGAUUCUAGAUAAAGGUAAGUCAAUAAUAGAAUCCGUUCCACAUUGAGUGAGGCGGGUUGCAGGAAAGUAUAUCUUGUAGAAGGAUGAAAAGUCUGAUAGGGAAAUAUGUACGAAAAAUAGGGUAUUUACAGGCUAUUUACAGACAUUUACAGACAUACGAUAAAAACACAACUGCACUACUCCGCCAUCUUGGAAAUCCUACCACUUUUGAAUUGGCAGAUCUGUAGGGAAUAUGAUAAGAUGUAAUCAAAAUGGCGAUGGCUCCACCUAGCCUUCCAAUUGAACUGAACUGAGGGGAGCUUCCAACAUAUUGUUCAUUCCAUCAUAAGGAAACCUGCCAUAUUCUCCACUCAACCCCAUUUUGGGCAGAACUAACCCCCAUCAUAUUUCAGACCAAGCAAUUUGCAUCCAUUGCUGCCUGAUAUUGCCUUGGGGAGAUCUUGUGGUGCGAUUAGUUUUCUACAUGUUUAAAAUGAUCGUAUAACAUCAGUAUGAAAACAAAAAAUAAUUAAAACUUGCAGUGUUCCAGACAUUGAUCACUCCUACUUAAGGGGCAAUCAGAGAUUGGUACAUAGGCCCACAUUUUUUGACUGGCAUUGUUGUUUGAAUCCCAGAUUUCCCCUUUAAAUGAAUCCAUCCUUCAUGCUCUUCCUUCCCCUGUCUCUAUAGAUGAUGAUGAUGAUGAUGAUAAUGGUGGUGAUGAUGGUGAUGAUGAAGAGGGGGCUAAAGCCUCCAAGGCACCCAAGCAGCUGUCUAGCGUGGCUCUGAAAGAGUUGGCAGAGGGAGACGAGGACUUGGUGGAAGACCUGGAGCUCUCUGACCAGGACUGA